AUGACUUCUGUAUUCAACAAGCUUUGCCGACAGUCCUGGACGACGGCAGCUGUGGCGAAAGCCGCUAUCGAAGACGACGAUCGUCUGUCAGAGAUUGAUGAUUGUCCACCUUCAGAUGACCAUGUGGUUCAUGUCCAUAGCGGCACGUUUCAAUGCCCGUUGGAGAACGACGGUACCCUGCUGUUGUCCACGAUCCAGUCGCAGAUUCCGUGGGCCGCCGGACUAUGGUACAUGCCGGCCGAAAGCAACUGCAGACGAGCGAUCAGGCUGGACAGCGCGUCCGGACGCCUUUUUCCGCCCAACAACGGGUGGGGCGAUCGAAUCUACACGGAGGUCGAGCAACUGCUCACGUCCAAGUCGAAUUUGAAACACCAGAACGUGAUGUUGCUGAGAAAACUGAAAGAGAAAAACGAGGUUCUCAUGAAGGUACUGUCUGAGGGCGCUGAAGCGGAAAAUCGACAACAGCUAGUCAAUGAGCUGCAAAAGGAAAUCGACUCAUUUUGCGAAGAGGCCGGACUCAAAGACUCAUAUCCGGUUCCAGUGGAUUUACAGUGA